AUGCCUCCCGCAAUCUCCUCUACUACACUAUUCGCGUUUGCGACUCUUCUGGUCUUUCUGCCCGGCGCGUUCGCUUUCGGCGCGGGAGACAUCCCAGGUUUCAGUUUCUAUGAGGGCAAGGCCUUCCGCCAUGGAGACAUCGAGAACGUACUCGAAGAGCUUGCGACCAUUGCCAGCGGCUCCGGUGGCGGCGGAGGUCUUCUCGGCUUUGCGAAGUCGAUAAUGGAUAACGCCGGAGGAAAGAAGUUUAAGAAGGACGACGUCAAGAAAGUGUACUUCGGUAAUUGGCUUCGUGAUUACUCCCAGGCUAUGGACAUAGCAGGGCUUAGCAAGCUCUCUGCCGACACCCUUGUUCUCAUUGUCAGCGUACUCGGUUUCAUGACCUUCGGAUUCGCCACCCGUGAAUUCGAGGUAACCGCAGAUCGCCUUGGGGUGUACCUCCCUGUAGAACACAUUGAUAACCCCAAAGGCUAUGCGGAGAAGGAAGGCGACGCUCGCCAGUUCCACCCGAAAUUGCGCCCGCCCGUCAACUCAGAGGAGCUUGAGAUUGAUGAGCGCACUGGCAUGAAGAACUAUAUGGCGACCGAUGGGCGUGGUUGGGAUACAUCCACGGCCCACAUUCGGCGCACGCUCCUGGCUUGUAUCGAACACGGUCGUCGGUCGGGCGGACGAGAGGGCGACGACCUCUACGAGGCAUACAGGUUGCUCGGCACAGGCUUGCAUACCCUAGAGGAUCUGCUCGCGCACAGCAACUGGUGCGAGAUCGCUCUUCGCAAGAUGGGUCAUGAGAAUGUGUUCUGCCAUGUCGGUGACGAAGUUCUCAUCAAUACACCCAACGGCGAAGCUCCGCCCCUCGUCACUGGUUCCUUCGGCAGCGCAGAUUUCAUGCACUCGAUGAUGGGCGAGGCAACCGAUCACAUCAGUCAAUCGUCCGUGACAGACCUGUCCGCAAAGAUGAACGAGGCCAAGAAUUCUGAUGCCGACUCCCUCGUCAAUAACCUGAAGGGUCUCAUCUCAAAGCUUCCUCUAGGCGGAGGCGAUGAGAAGAUGGACGAAGCUGAGGACAUCAAGGCCCAGUCCAAGGCUUACGACUUCAACCCCGACGAUGUCGCGCCGCCAGAAGUGCAGCAGAACCUCUUGAAGCUCCUGCGUUGGCGCGACGACGUGAUGAGAGACAUUAUCGCCAAGAUCGAGAUGGUUCCCGGCUUACAAGACCUCGUAGAGAACGUCACAGAUGCUCUCAACGCUUAUGUGUAUUCUAUAUUGGCCCCUUAUCUUGCUCCUAUUCUCAGCCAAGCUACCGAUGUACUUGCAGAAGGUAGCAAGGCAGUCAUCGAUACCGACGAUCAGUAUGAGGUCUUCAACAACCCUCGUGCAUCCGACCCGUCCCACAGUCUUCUUUCUAAGGAUCACUUCGGUCUUAUUCUCAACGAGCCCGCUGGGCUGGUCGCAAAGGAGGUUGUCAAGUAUACCGUGAACAACAUCGUGCAGGCCUGGCAGGAGACCAGCGAGGAUCCUGAGCGCGUUCUGGACACAGUUCUCGAAGCUUUCCACCACCCCUACUACGCUGAUGGCCGUUCCCGAAUCCAGACUGUGAUGUUUGAGACCAUUGAUCGUUGGCUCAAUGACCUCUCUGAUCAGGAGCGCGACGACGUCCUGCAGAAUCUGACGAAGGAGAGUGUGCGCGCGGGUAAGAAUAAGCGCGAGGGUAGCGAAGACGAGACGGCUGCUGAGCCCGCCAGCAAGCUUCAAUAUGGGUCGGGCGGUCGUCCUCAGGGCCAACAACAGUCUUACGGUGGUCAACAGUCUUACGGUGGUCAACAGUCUUACGGUGGUCAACAGUCGUACGGCGGUCAACAGUCGUACGACAGUCAACCAUCUUAUGGCGGACAGCAAUCCUACGGUGGCCAGCAGGAAGAAUCAUAUGGACGUCGGACUGAAGAGUCUUAUGGUCGUGCUCCUGAGAGCUACGGCGGCGAAGGCCGCGAACAGGCAUAUGGCGAUCGUGAGGACUCAUACGGUGGAUCACGCUACGAGCAGUCUCGGACCGAGUAUGGAAGCCACAGUGGACGCGAAGAGUACGGCCGUUCCGAAGAGUUUGGUGGUCGUCGCGAGGAACCCUCAUACGGCCACACCGAGAACACUCAGAGUACGGCUCUGGAGGUGGAUAUGAAGGGCGCGAAGAGCCACGCCACCACGGCCGGCACCAUGAGCAUCGUGAAGAGUAUGGCGGAGAGCGUCGCGAAGAGAGUGGCUAUGGCAACGAUGAAAGCUAUGGUCGGCGGGAGGAACCACGCGAAGGCUACGGAGGCUACAGGCGCGAAGAGCCUCGUGAGAGCUACGGGGGAGACUACAACGAAGGCGGUGAUGGUGGAGGUUACGGAGGUGGUCGUCCUCAGCCUCGCUUCGGCGGAGGUGGUUAUGAAGAGGAUCAGGGAGGCUUCGGCGCUGGCCGCGGAAACGACGAUACUUUUGGAAUGGAAAGGGCGAGCCUGA